AUGCGUGUUAGAACAGCCCAACAGACAUGCGUACCACUAGUCGAAUUAUUAUGUGUGUAAGCUAUAUCUUCAUUUCUUCACCUCCCAGCUAGUUCUAAGGGUAUCUUACAUGACUCUAGAUCAAAGUUAGCCCUAUUCGGCUCCUGCGGAAUUACCUCUAGUGAUGGGAAUUUUUAUCGUAAGUGUACGAGUAGGAUUGUCCGUUUGAUUCAUUGCUAUGCUUAUAUUCAUGCUUAGUAUCUACCCGACGUAUUCUUCUAAGAAUCCUGUCCGGUUCCUUUUCGCUUCAUUUAGGGACUGCUUCUUAUUUGGAUUCGUCCGCUAAAAUCCUCCCUAUUCCAGAUGUAUUAGCACAAUUCGAUUAG